GUGGGAACACCUUCGAGGAACGUCGUCCUGGCUGCGGUGCGCUUUAGGAAUGCGAAGGAAGGAGCAAGUUGGAGGAGGCACCGGGACACUCUUCAUGAAGCCCUCCGCGAUUGGAAAAUCACCCCGAUCUGCAGUCAAUCCGUCAGUUUCUCCAGGGGGCCUCCGCGAGCGAUUGCGGGAGUGUUUCCAGGGCCGCAUUCUUGCUCCAGGAUUCCGUUCACGCACGUAGUUUCCCCCGAGUUUUUCUCGAUUUCUCUCCCGUUUUCUUCAUUCAGUGCGAGAAUGUGAAGAGUUGGGGAAUUUUCUUGGUCGAGGUGGUGUGAUGGCCGAGGAGUUGGAUGUCUUACCGAAGGAUGGUCCGAGCAGAUUAUUGGCUUGUGAUUGCUGCACUGAACUUCUUCACCAAUUUCGCCUAGUGAAGGUUACUUGUGCGCUACCUAUCUCUAGCUGUGACCCAUCACGUCAGUGAGGGAGAUGCCCGCUUUAGUGGCUCGCCAGGGAGCCACAAGCCCAGGCGGUAACAAAAUCCGAAAUCGGGAGACUCCUUGUAGGAAAGAAAGCUUAUUAGGAAUUGACAACACUCGACGAGGCUCGCCCCAAGGUUACAGAGACAGUAAGGAAACAAAAGCUCCCAAAACCACAGACAUCACAGGAGUAGAGAAUCGAACUACUUCGAAAUCACUUCUCCUCCUCAAGGAAAGGGUUAGCCGCCUUGGAGGUGCGGUAGGCACUGGCAUCGGCGAUGGAUUCAACGCAUCACCAAGAGUACAAGAGGUCCAGUCACAGCAAGGAUCAGUGGGUUACCCGGCGUCAAGGCUGAAUCGCCAAGCUUCUCAGAAAGAAUCCAAGUUGAGGUUGCAUACUAUUCAGCGGAAGAUUCUGGAGCUGCAGGAAAAUGGAGACUCCUCACCCGUCGUAAGGUGUCCUGCAACCUAUAGCCCCCAGUUUCUUGGAGCGUAUAAUUGGGCGAAGGAAUCAGAGGCUCUCCUCAAACAGGAAAUGGCCAUGAUGGACGCCUGCAAAUCUACUCUGGAACAGAGACAUCUGAAUCAAUCAAAUACUUCUCACUACAGUUCUAAUUUGCCUAGAUUCUCUGCUGCGAAUACUCCGGCGACAACGCGUACGAAUUCUCCUUCAACGGCUUCGCUCAGGAAAGACUCAAGGUCUAGGACUUUGAAGACUCGCCCGUCAACUGGUGAUGAAUUAGAAUCAGCAUGUGAUGCGGGAGGAGCUGCUGACACUCGCAUAAUGGUUUACGUACGGGCCCGACCAUUAUCCAAGAAAGAGAAAGAAGCAGGAUCUCGCAGCUGCGUGCGUAUUGUAAACAAGAGAGAUGUGUACCUAACAGAGUUUGCAUUGGAGACGGACUAUUUGCGGCUCAAGCGCGUGCGCGGUCGGCAUUUCGCAUUUGAUGCCUCCUUUCCAGAUAGCACUUCUCAGCAAGAGGUUUACAACACAAGCACUGCCCAACUCGUGGAAGGAGUACUGCAAGGGAGGAACGGAUCAGUAUUUUGUUACGGUGCCACUGGUGCUGGAAAGACGCACACAAUGUUAGGGACCCUCCAAAGUCCAGGAGUCAUGGUUUUGGCUUUGAAGGACCUAUUCGCUAAAAUCAAGCAACGCAGCAAGGACGGAGACCAUGUAGUACGGCUCUCGUAUCUUGAAGUGUACAAUGAAACUGUCCGUGAUCUUCUCUCCCCUGGCCGACCUCUUGUCCUCAGAGAGGAUUCCAAGCAGGGAAUUGUCGCAGCUGGCUUGACGCAAUAUCAGGCAUACUCAGCUGAUGAGGUCAUUCACUUGCUGCAACGGGGCAACCUCAAUAGGACCACGGAGCCCACUCGUGUUAAUGAGACUUCAUCCCGAUCUCAUGCAAUCUUACAGGUUGUCGCGGAGUACAAAUUACAGCAGGAGACAGGUGUAACUGUGCGGGUGGGUAAGCUUUCUUUGAUUGACCUGGCUGGGUCAGAGCGUGCUCUGGCUACUGACCAACGAACCCUUCGGUCAGUUGAAGGCGCUAGUAUCAAUCGAUCUCUGCUUGCCUUGAGCAGUUGCAUCAAUGCCCUCUGCGAAGGGAAAAAACAUAUCCCGUUUAGGAAUUCCAAGCUUACCCAACUUCUAAAGGAUUCGCUGGGAGGGUCUUGUAGAACUGCUAUGAUAGCUAAUAUUAGCCUCAGCGAUGCUUCAUUUGGAGAAACUCAAAAUACUCUUCAUUGGGCUGAUAGAGCGAAGGAGAUCCGGACCAAGUCUGGUGAAACAAACGAAGAGAUGAGUAUCUCAGAAACAUCGGAAGACCAGACGAAGCAGAUAGCAGAAAUGCAAGUCGCGAAUCAGCAGUUGCGUUUUCAAUUAGCUCGUUUGCAGCAAAAGUUUGCCCUUGUACAGCAAAGUCUUCCAUCAGCAAUGACAACACCGUCACGGAUAUCUGCAAACUGUGAGUCGAGACCAAUGUUGGAGCCGGAUUAUCCCUUGACCUCGCAAACUGUUACCUCUCCACCUUUCCAGUAUUCUUCGGGACCUGCAGAUCCAGAACAGGGGAAAACUCCUGGCUUUCACAGCUCAUUAAGUGAGCAGGAGUUUCCUGAAAGGGUCACUGCGGAGCGGACAAUUCGGGACCUUCAACGCACCAUUCAGCUGCUGGAGAUGGAAGUGGAGCAAACCAAGCAAGAGCUUGUGAGGAGGCAUGAAAAGCACACUGCUGCUAUAGCCCUUCUUAAACAAGAGCACGCUAUCGAGGUUAAGACAAAGGAUGAGAUCAUCGAAAAGCUCUCUCAAAGGUCAGUGCGUGAGCCAGAGACCUCGCCAUUGUUGCAGUCGAAAAAGCUUUUCUUGAGCGCUUCGAAAGAGCCUCGCUCUGCCGUUACCACACACAAAACAGUGUCGAGGUUAACUUUUGGCCCAGAAGCCACCUCCAGGAACCCAAUAGCUAUAGAGACGAUAUACUCUGCCCCGGUGACUAAGCCAGCCUUAUCAGAAAAUUCUGCCACUGUCUCAACUCCUAUUGCGCCAGCUCAGGCGAUCACUAAGAGGUCAGAGGUCAGCCCACUUAGACCAGUCUCCAAAACUUUACCCCCUGUACAAGACGAAAAUUUGUCAACAACCAUACCCGUGAGGUCAAUCAUGUCACAAACGAUGGCUGAGUUGAGAAGGCAGGACAUGAUCUCAAAGAAUGCCUUGCCUGUAGUGUUUGCAGCGAGUGGCGGGGAACAGGGCGCAGCAAGGAGAGUCGGUCUACGGCCGUUUAGACACUCCUCGAAUAAUAUUUCAUCCCAGCUGCCGCCGAUGAGGCAAGCAGUAAAGGAGCCUCGUCCUCGGGCUGUUGACCCUGCACCUAGGAGGAUGAGCAUAUCACACCAGCCUCCACGGAGCCCACCGCUUCCAAGGUUUUUUUCCCCUUCUAAGCCAUGCCCCCAGACGUCAAGGCCAUUAGCAUGUAGCACUAGGAAAAGGAGCUUUUGGGAUAUUACGAAUACAAACAGUCCACCAGCGGCUCCGCUCACCAGGGCUGCAAGACGGCUAAGUGUAGCAGCACCAAGCAAUACACCGUCACUGCUUCUUCAGGUGCUCUUGAGCAGUGAGAGGUCAUACUGGGCUGAGUUUGAAGACUUCAAUUACUGUUAACAUGCGGAGUGAACUGACUACAAAAUUGAUUCUUAACAAAUUAUUUGGUCGUUGGUUCCCCAGCCUGGAUUUGCCCGUCGACAAUCUCGGGGGUGAUGUCAUGCGUCAGUCAACCCCAUUGUUCGCCACCGAGAUCGAAGGUUUGCAGUGAGCAAAUCAUCGAGUACAGGUUUGUGGGAGAUGUUUAUUCCAAGGAUGACUGAUGAGGAGUUUCCAUCUUACUCCCUCAGCUUCUCCCGAGUGCCAUGCCAUCCGAAGUAAACAGGCAGAUAUCAUUGACGCUCAUGUACUAUAGAUUCUUCAUGCCUGGAGUGUCGAGCUAUAGCAAAAACUGUCCAUAUUGAUACCAUGUAUUAUUACCUCAGAUUUUGUUGAGUUGGCUCACCAGAUCAUUGACCUUGGUUCUACAAUUACAAAUUCAUGCCACCGAUGAGAUGGUGCUAUUGUUCCAUUCAGCCUGGCAAGGCAUUUUGUGGCAGCUUUUUGUUUUGGUCAAACGAGCCCAGUCAUAGCUUGUGAGUUUUCAAAAACCAAUUCUUUUGAGUAAAUUAGCUCCAACAACAAUGCGGAAGUUUCCUAAAGGUA